UUAGUAGGAAAGGACCCCUAUCAGACCGAGAUGCAUGAUCUUAUCACAAAAGCCUGCCAGUAUCAAAUUGUGCACUACACAGGAAAGAUGAGAGGAUCUUCCAGUAAAACGCUGUUCCUGGUAAACUUAGCUAUCGUUGGCCUUAUCUGCUGGGUUAUUUCUUUAUUUGUAUACUUAGAGGCUCCAUCUCCCGUGUGUCAGACUAUGUCUACAGUAGCUGAUGAAAAAAAUUAUGAAGCCACAGGGUCAACUGAAAAGCCCAUCGUUCUGCUCUGGUUCUGGCCUUUUGAUGUGAAGUUUGAUUUCCAAAUUUGCUCAAGCCACUUCAACAUUGAUGACUGCAUUCUGACUGAUGACAGGUCAUUGUACAGCCAAGCAGAGGGAGUCAUCUUCCACCAUAAAGCAAUAAGCUGGCAUUUGGAAAACAUGCCCAAGGAGCCACGUCCACAUUUUCAGAAGUGGAUUUGGUUUGAUCAGGAAUCUCCGACGAACACGGGGAAAACACCAGGUCUGGAAAAUCUGUUCAACUUAACAAUGGGCUACAGACGAGAUGCUGACAUCACAGUGAGAGAUGAGGUGAAAAUCAGGCAAACAGAGACCAAGGAGGAAUUUGUUCUGCCCAAGAAAGACAAACUGGUUUGUUGGGUUGUUAGUAACCACUACCCAAUUACUGGAACAGCUACGAGAGAGAAAUAUUACACAGUACUGUCCCAACACAUAAAGGUUGAUGUCUAUGGUGCUGCUUAUAAUGGGCACCCGUUGAAACCUGAAGACUAUUACCCAACCCUUGCGACGGAGAAGGUCAACGGACCCCUCGCAGUAGGGACCGUCCCUGUAGUUCUGGGUCCACCAAGGGAAAACUACGAGCAGUUCCUUCCCAAUAGUUCCUUCAUUCACGUAAAUGAUUUCCCUGACGCCAAAGGUAUGGCAGAGUAUCUGCAAUGCCUGGACAAGGACCAUGAAGCAUACAUGAGUUACUUUGAGUGGAGAAAGUAUUAUGAAGUCACUCCUCAUCUUUUGACCUUGAGCAAUGAAUUCAUUCAUCCCGUCUGCCUCGCCUGUGACCACAUCUCAAAGUACAAAGAAUACCAUGUUGUCAAUGAUCUUUAUGAGUGGUACUUUCCAUGAAAACUACAGUGAGAACAUCAUUUGACAGACUAUAAACUAGAACAUAUACUUUUGAUUUGUGUGAUUGCUUUGACAUUUAUAGAGUAAUGAUUUAAUGAAUUAAUAUAAUUCACAUGGUAACCGUUGAUAUUAAUAUAUAGCUGGGGUGUUUUGAGUCACUUUGAGUUGUUUUGAAUACAUCUAAACAAAUAAAUAAAUAUUCAAAUCUAAAAAUAGGUUUUACCGAUUCUAUUGGGGUAAUUUGGAUGAUUAUGUCAUGUUUAUUUUUGCUUUGUUUACAGGUACCUUAUUUUAUAAUUUUUUAAAGACAAGUGAACUUCCAGUUUCUACCCUGACUUCCUUAGGUUUUCUAUUGAGUAGGGUUGUGCUAAUGAUUAGGUGGAGCAUCAGUUGCAUGGAUCCAGCUGAGUAUCUGCACACUUACAUUAAAAUCAACUAUAAUUUUACAACUCUAAGGGAUGUCGUAUAUUUCAGCUACUGGAACUUUAUAACAUGGUCACAUAUCAUGAAGGCAUGCUAUGAUUCUGAGUUACUUGUUUUUGAGGUUCUCAGGCUUUGUAAGUGCUAUUCCAUGUGUUAGGGUCAUUUGUCCCCCUCUUUGGAAUGAUCUUUGACCUAUCGUAAAGUAUCUGACCUGCUAAGGAAGGAUCAAAGAUUUGGCGGGAGACUUCAACUUGAAGUUACUAAAAACAUGUCCAAAUUUAGGCAUAGACCCUAUGUGCUACGUCAUUUUAUCUAUAGUUCUGUGGUAAACAACUCCUCUUUAAAAGGGCUUGCCUGGCGGAGGCGAGCCAGAUUUUCACUAUCUGGCCUUUGUGAUUUCUCCGGGCAUACCAUGGUGUCCGUCUGACCUGUAUACUGUAUACCUGGAGCUACAAGGUGUAAUAAAUAUUAUACUUGUAA